AUGCGGGUGGUACAAUCACCCGAAGCGGAUGCGAAGACAUCGGCGUGCCUAGGGUUCCACGCCGCUGAUCCUCACGCUCGCUGGCCGAUCGACGGUCCACAAUUUCACGGUGUCAUCCCACGACGCGCUCAGGAACGAGUCCUUCCGGACGGUGUUGAAGUCGACGCCGUGGCACUCGCGCGCGUGCUCGUGGAGCGAACGGAUCGGGUUGGCGGCCGGCGGCAGGGACGAGUCGUAGAUCUUGAGCGAGCCGUCGGCGACGGCGGCGACGAUGAGCGAAUCGUGGGAUUCCGACCAGCAGAGGUCGUAGACGCCGUCGGCGGUGUCGAAGGCCGCGCGCUCGGUGACGGUCGGCCCGAGCUGGAGAAUGUGGAGGCGGCCGUUGCCGAGUAUGCCGAAGUUCUGGGCGGUGGCGACGGCGAGCUGGUUCUCGUAGAAUGGGCUGAACUUGACGGAGUAGCCGUUGAAGGGGGUUUUGAAGACCGGCAUGGCGCGGCGGAUCGGAGUUAUUUGGUAGUCGAUUGGGUUAUCUCGGGAGUUUCGGCUUUAGGAUGUUAG